CAAGUGAUAUCUAUGGUUUAAGCCGUACGUGGCAAUCCCACGGCCGACGCCACAGUUUGCUUUUACGCUCUCUGCAGUGCAGCAGAGAAUUUAACGCAAAGAGGAUACUUUUAAAUUUGCUCCAAGUCGUCUUUCCGACCCGCUUUGGAGUCCACCAACAAUGUUGACCACGUCGGAGCUUCUUGUUCUGCUAUCCGUCCUGUCUGCCACUGCGUCCGGCUAUUUCGUUAGCAUCGACGCCCAGGCCGAUGAGUGCUUCUACGAGCGCGUCAACUCCGGUACCAAAAUGGGCCUUAUGUUCGAGGUGGCCGAGGGAGGCUUUUUGGAUAUCGACGUGGAGAUAACGGGCCCCGACGGCAAGCUGAUAUACAAGGGCGACCGCGAGUCGAGCGGCAAGUACUCUGUGGCGGCGCACAUGGACGGCACGUACAAAUUCUGCUUCAGCAACAAAAUGUCCACCAUGACGCCCAAGAUCGUCAUGUUCACCAUCGACAUUGGCGAGGCGCCCAAAGGCCAGGACAUGGAGACGGAAGCUCAUCAAAACAAGCUGGAGGAGAUGAUCAACGAGCUGGCCGUGGCCAUGACGGCCGUCAAGCACGAGCAGGAGUACAUGGAGGUCCGGGAGAGGAUACACAGAGCCAUUAACGACAACACAAACAGCCGGGUGGUGCUGUGGUCCUUUUUUGAGGCUCUCGUCUUGGUGGCCAUGACGCUGGGACAGAUUUACUACCUGAAGCGGUUUUUCGAAGUGCGGCGGGUGGUGUAACGACGACGGCGACCGUUCUUUACACUCGGCAAAAUGGACUGGCAGUUUUCACCACUUUCUCAUUUCUUGAAGUUGUUCGCCACGGCUGCAAAAUGAUGGAAGACAAAUAUUUGUUUUGUUUGGGUUUUUUGACUUUAACCCCUUGAUACCUGGAUUUACAUUUGAACAAAUAUAUACCAAUAUAUAUCAAAAAGCAUUGGGGGAAUACAUGAAAAUAAUUAGUGAAAAAAAUUAUAUUUAAAAAAAGUCAAUUGAAAAAUUGAUAAUCCCAAAAUAAUCCAAGAUUUAAAAAAUUACUUUCCAAUUUAUUUUUAGCUGUAUUUUUUGUUGUUGUUGUUGUUCUAUACAUUUUUAAAAUAUUUUUUUGCACUUGAUUUAUAUUGGUUAAAUGUAAAUUCAGGUAGCAGGUUGUUAAAAAAAUCAGGUUGUAUUAAUUUGCCAGUUCUGUUUUGAUACAAGUGAGCAUUUUAAAUCCGAAUGAAGGUGUUGGUCAUUUUUUUGGGUCACUUUUAAGGGGAUUGUAAAAGGUCAAAGGGUUCCAUAUGAGUUUUUUUUUCUUGCAAUUUAAAUUGUUGAAUCUGAGGGGGGUGUACUGAUCUACUGCUGUGUGCUUUUUGUGGCUGCUUAUUUUUUUUUGUGGGGGGUGGUCAAAGGAUGCCAUUGUAGUUAUUUUGGAAGACUUUCAAUGAGACGCCACGUUUGGAUUGCUCCUUUUUGUUUCUCUUGAUUCUGCAAGUUUUCAGUCUCAGUUUAAACUGCUGCGUCUGUCGUACCGCGUCUCAACUGAAAGCUCCCCAGGUUUUUGUACCCCUCCUUCAAUAAAAACCUUUUGGUGUUUGUUUUUCAGACUCCCACACUGAUGCGUCCAACUGUAAAAAAAGAAUGGUUGUUUAAAAUAAGCUCCAGGUUUCAUAAUAAAGAAGUUCUAUACAAUGA